AUGGAAAAAAGCUGCCUGCUUCAACGUAAAGUGCUACGCUCAGCAGUAACAAGAACGAUAACUGAGUUGGAUAACUGCUUCACAGCAAACGAUGUCCAAUCUGCUUCACUGGCAUAUGCCAAACUUGAGGAAAAGACGAAGCGUCUUUUUGAAAAUGACGAAUUCGUCAUUAGUUACCUCUCUUCAAAUCCGGAUUCAAACGCGGAACCGGACAAGAUUGUGGAGAAUGAACUUGAGCAAAUUGAGAAUUACCGGGAUAAUUUCACGUCUGCGAAAGUUCGUUACCAAGACUUUUUAAAAACUUUUGAAAAUCCAGUACAGCAAGAACGAAACGUCCCCCCGUCAACAGAACGUUUGAGUAUAAACUUACCAAAACUGCAAUUGACUGAAUUCGAUGGAAAUAUCAAACAAUGGUUUUCUUUUUGGUCAAUGUUCCAAAAAAUUGACGAGGAUCCAAAAAUUGAGGAUGACGUUAAAUUUGCGUAUUUAAUGCAAACAACAAAAGGUAAGGCUUUUGAUUUUGUUCAGUCUUAUCAAGUGUCUAAAAGUGAUUAUAAAGUUGUUAUCAAAAACUUGAAAGCACGUUUCGCGGAUGAUAAAAUGCUUAUUGAAUUAUAUGUACGCGAACUGUUGAAAUUGGUUCUAAAUCAAUCUCAAAAUUUGUCUUUCACUAACUUAGUUGAUCAGUUAGACACUCAUUUGCGCUGUUUAGAAAACUUAGGUGUGACUAAGGAAAAAUACGCAUGCAUGCUUUAUCCUUUAGUCGAAGCCUCUAUUCCUGAACAAAUUUUAAUAGCAUGGGAAAGAGAAAGGAAUUCAAUUUCUCGUAACAAAACUAAUAGUGUCACCAGCAAUAGCUCUUCCGGCUCGACAGAUGUUUUAUUGCAAACACUUAGAAUUAAAGUAUCGGGCCCUUCGAAAACAAAAAUAGUGCGUUGUUUGUGUGAUUCUGCAUCACAAAGGUCUUACGUAAAUCGCAAACUUGCAGAAUUUUUGAACUCAAAAAGUGAUCACUCCGAAUUUCUUAAACAUAGUUUGUUUGGCGGUGUUGAAACAGAAAAAAUUCAACAUUCCGCAUUUAAGUGUGAACUACAGGAAAUUCGGGGAAAUUUUUCGUGUGAAGCGAUGCUGUUAGAUAAGGAUAUAAUUUGUGGCAAAAUUCCAAAAAUAAGUAAAUCUGAUGCCGAAUACUUCACUAAAAACGGAAUCUUUUUAUCGGAUGUGGAAACCGAUGAUUCUGAAAUAUCAGUUUUAUUAGGUGCUGAUUAUUUAGGAAAAAUUUUAACUGGUUCCAUAAGUCAGCAACCCAAUGGCUUGACCGCUGUUCAAACUUAUCUAGGGUGGGUAGUUAUGGGUAAAUCGGUAUCCGACGCCACUUGUUCUAACUAUGUCAUGCCUAUAAUUUCAUUGCUAAACGCUAGCAAAAUUUGUGACCUUUGGUCAUUGGAUGUCCUAGGUAUACGGGACCCUGUAGAAAACAAAACAAAAAAGGAUAUUGAUGAUGAAACCGUUUCUUUUUUUGAAAAAACUGUUAAAUUUUGUGAUAAUAGGUAUGAGGUAAAUCUUCCAUGGGUUGAAGGGCAUCCAGAGUUACUUGAUUUGCGAUUUCAAGCAGAAAAACGCCUCAAAAAUAUGUCUUCUAAACUUAUUUCCUCAGGGAAAUUUGAUUCUUAUGACAAAAUUUUGAAAGAAUGGGAACAGUUGGGAAUCAUAGAGCAGGUCCCGAGUAGCGUUAACGGGGAAAACUUAUCUGAACAGAGAUGCCGGUAUUUACCUCACAGAGCCGUCUUUAAGGAAUCUAGUCUUACGACAAAAAUACGUCCAGUUUUCGACGCUUCUGCAAAAGACGAAAAUUCAGUUUCCUUGAACCAAUGCUUAGCUACUGGACCAAACUAUAUUGAAAUGUUCCCUUCCAUUUUGAAUAAAUUUCGCAAAGAUAGAUUAGGCGUCAUUUCAGACAUUCGCAAAGCAUUUUUGCAGAUUUCAAUUUCCCCUACAGACAGAGACUUUUUGCGAUUUCUGUGGUGGAAAGAUUAUGAAAAACGCGAAAUUGAAACGUAUAGGCAUUGUAGAGUAGUCUUUGGCCUUUCUUCGAGUUUAUUUUUACUCAUGUCUACGAUUUAUCAUCACUUAGAUAAAGAAAGUAGUAAUGAAGUUGCAGUAAAAUUGAAAGAUUCUUUCUAUGUCGAUAAUGUUGUUGCUAGUGUUCAAAAUGAGAUAGAACUUCAACAGUUUCGAACAACAGCUUGUCAGAUUAUGUCAAAAGCGGGGUUUGAGCUCACGGGUUGGGUAUUCUCCUCAAAGUAUCAAAACGGGGAAAAAACAAAAUGCUCGGUACUUGGUCUUUUAUGGGAUCCAAGUGCGGAUUUGAUAUCUUGCGAUCUCGGCAAUGUUUCGACUGAAAUCAACGAUUCGUGUUCAAAACGGCAACUUUUGUCAAUAUCGCAAAAGAUAUUUGACCCGAUCGGUUUUACAGCACCCGUGACACUCAUUCCAAAACUUCUAAUGCAAAAAGCGUGGAAAAAUUAUAAGCUAACAUGGGAUCAAAAACUGGCGCCUGAAAUUAUCGAGGAAUUCAAAAAUUGGCUUGCUAGUUUGAAAUUUUUGGAAUUAAUUCAAAUUCCGCGUUACUUUGGGGGUUUAGUUGAUGAGUCAACUACCACAAUGCAUAUGUUCAGUGAUGCAAGUGGGAAAGCCUUUGCAGCGUGCGUGUUUUUGAGAAUCGAAUGCGGUAAUGAAGUUCAGAUUAAAUUAGUUCAGGCAAAGUCACGCGUUGCCCCUCUAAAAAAGGAUCCCGUCACCAAAAUGAAAACUGAAAUGUCCAUCCCAAAACUUGAACUCUUGGCUGCAGUAAUCGGCACUCGUUUAGUUCAGAACGUCAAAACAUCACUAAAUAUUCAGAAUAUCCAAACUUUCUACUGGACUGACUCGAAAGUUGUGCUCUGUUGGAUAAAAAACUCAGGAACUUGGAAAACGUUUGUGCGUAAUAGAGUUAAAGAGAUCCAUUUAAGUUCGUCGAAAGAAGAGUGGAAUUUCGUUCCAUCACAGAUGAACAUUGCAGACAUCGCGUCCAGGGGAUGUAAUGCACAAACCCUCUUCAGUCUUUGUUGGUGGGAGGGUCCCAUUUGGUUGAAAAAUCGUGCAUGCUGGCCAGACACCCAAGACUUUGAUUUAUCAGAUGGUUUGGAACUCGCUUCUAGAGAGAAAAUACCAACAGUUACGACGAAUAUCACUCUAAACGAUUUGGAAUCUAACUUCCUGGAGUGGAGUAAGCGAAUUUCAAGAUUUUCUACCAUCAUACGAAUUUUGGCCUACGUGAAAAGAUUCAUCUAUAAUAUAAAAUCAGCAGUGCAUGGUAAAAGAAACAAUCUUCUUCGUGGACAUCUGAGCAGAGAAGAGCUCUCCAAAUCGGAGCUCGAAAUUUUCCGUUUGAUACAAAAAGAGACCUUUGUCAAAAACCAUCGACUGAUUCCUGCUAACUUUGUGGUUAACUUUGAUUCUGAUGGCCUCCUCAGAGUGGAGACCAAACUUUACUCUACAGAUAACGAAGAUUAUUUUAGAAAACCGAUACUGUUGCCGGACAAGCACGAGCUUGUUUGCAAACUCAUCGAAGAUACGCAUCGAACGUAUAAUCAUGCAGGUGUACAGACACUCGUUUCCAUCUUACGAGAGAAGUAUUGGAUACUGAGAUCUAGGAGAACUGUCCGAUCUGUCGUGUCUAAAUGCGUGAUUUGUCAAAGAUUUAAGUCAAAACAUGCCACUUCUGUGUUUGCACCUCUUCCUGAAAAUCGUGUGAGAAUGUCAGCUGUGUUUGAGACAACUGGCGUCCACAUGGCUGGCCCUCUGCUCCUACGAAAUCGUGAUAAAGUCUGGAUAGCAAUUUUCACAUGUGCAGUUUACCGUGCCGUUCAUUUCGAACUUGUCUCGGACAUAUCAACCCAAAGUUUUCUUCUUGCAUUAAGAAGAUUUAUCGCACGUCGAGGUCGAGUAACAACAAUUUACUCUGACAAUGGUAAAAAUUUCGUUGGACUAAACAAUGAGCUCCAGAACAUCGAUUGGAGUGUCAUUAUUUCUCACUCGGACUUGAAGAAGAUCUCUUGGCACUUCAACCCUCCAACCGCCGCUUGGUGGGGUGGUUGGUGGGAGAGGGUAGUCCGAAUGUUGAAGGAAUUGCUGAGACGCAAUGUAGGAAAAGCUUGUCUCCAAUAUGAUGAACUUCACACCGUCGUGUGUGAGUGUGAAGCCCUGCUAAACAGCAGACCCCUCACUUAUCUCUCGGAGGACCCCUCUGAUUUAGUAGCUAUAACACCAUCUUUAUUUUUGCAGGAUCAGACUGAAUUCUGCGUCGAAGACUUAGAGCAGAAUGACUUGAGAAACCUUCGCAAACGUGCGAGGCACCUCCACGCCGUUAAGCAAAAACUUAAAAUUAGGUUCCAAAAAGAAUAUCUCUCCAUUUUAAGGCAGACCAGCAAAGGAGUACAAACUCCACUAGCUGUGGGAGAUAUUGUCUUAAUCAGUUUGGAUAAUAAAAAACGUGUAGAUUGGCCUUUAGCCAAAAUUAUUGAAAUUUACAAAGGGCGUGACGGUGUCUCCCGCGUUGCAAGAUUGAGAACUCAGAGUGGUGAACUGAUACGACCAUUUCAACGUUUGUACCGCUUGGAAACUUCAGGUAAAAUUUCUGAGAUUAUGAGAGAACCAAUAACCACCAGAAGUGGUAGGAUCGUUAAACCUACGACACAUUGA